AUGUCGGAGACGGCGCACCGGGUGAGGACCUUGCGGGCGGGCGGGAGGGGCCACGCCGGUGUGCUCCGUCGUGGCGACGCCGUGGUGAAGCGCAGUGCGACCUGCACGCUGCCCAUGGACGGUGACGAGGUGGAGCUCUCUGUGGGGGCCCGCGCGCACGACCCGCACGACCCGCGCGACGCCGAGGCCAUCGCGCUGAUCCUGCUUAGCCGCGGCUGGCGGGUGGAGCGGCUGCGACUGCUGGGGGAGGCGGGCCUCUCGCCGUGUGUGUUUGCGUCGAAGCUGGAGCGGGGCAGCACUAGCGAGAGGGCGCAGCGGGUGAGGGAGGGGAGUCUUCGCCGUGCCCUGGCCCAGCACAAGGGCACCACGAGCUGCAUCUCCGGCGUGUCUGCGGUCCGUGACGUCUUCACGACGAACCGCCGCGACGUCUGCGUGCGUCCCGUGCGCGGCCGCGACCAGGCGUUCGCCUACGCGCAGCACACGGUGUGGGCCCCGUCCGCCCCAGCCGCCCCAUCGACAUCAUCGGAACGAGCCGCAGCGCCGUGGAGGACACUGCGUCGCACGGUCCCGUGA